UCCACGGGCGGGCGACUCGGGCCAGCAAGAACAGCGAAGCACUCAUCCCGAACGGGGGGAUCACCUUCCAGGUGAAGUCCGGGGAAAGCUUCAUCGACAUGGCGCUCCCCAAGAAGGCGCAGUCGCUGUGGCGUCGUUUCUGGUUCUACGCCAAGGAGUACACUCCCCCGGGCGAGGUAUGCAUUCCCCAAUACAGUCCCGAGCCGAGCGUCCCGCGGCGCCUCAAUGUCCGGUCGCUGCCGCGCGAGCAGGAGAAGGUGGUGAAGGAUAUGCGCCAAGCGAUCCAGGCGCUAAAAGAUGACGGCCUGACGGCGGUCGACAUGUACAACUGUUGGCUUGGCCGGCGGCUGAUCCCCCUGCGGUGCCGAGCUCACCCCAUGUGGGAGUACCGGGGACAGAACGACCGCACCCGGUCGACGGCGACCGAGUGGGACGAGGGCGAGUACCGGAAGGCGCUCGCUAAGAUCACCACUGCCACCUUUACUUCCUUCGAGGACGGCUUGCAGCCCUACACCGAAGACACCCCAGCGCCUCAGCGUUGGCAGAAGAUCGCGGACCACCUCCCUCCUCUCGCCGGAAAGGAACCACCGGAGAUGACCGAAGGCGAGGAGGAAGAGGUCGACGAGGAGGAGGAGUCCAAGAAGAAGACCUUGGCACCCGAAGUUGAAGAGGACAUCGUCGAGGAGGGCGGCCUGUCGGAGCCACUGAAAGAGCGCCGGUCCAAGGCCGCCAGGGACCGCGCCCCGCCCAGUGACACCGACACGCGGACGGGCGAGGUUCCGUCGACUGAGGCGGUGAUGCGAGCGGACGGGGCGACCGAGUCGCGUCAUCCGCCGCCGUCUUCAUUGACCUUCACCGAGCUCCACACGGCGCUUGGCGAGGCGCAUGUGGCGGAGAUUAAGCGGCUGACCGCGCUUGUGGAGGAGGCGGCGCAGAAGAACCGGAAGCUGAUUGCCCUGGGCACAGAGGCGCAGGCAAAGGCUCUUGCCGAGGCUCGGGAAGGGUUCGUCAAGGAGUCCUUCUACCGUGAAGCCGAGUUCCGGGCGCAGCAGGCCGAAGAGGCCCGGAAAAGGGCGAAAGCGGAGGUGGCGGAAUUGACGAAGGUCCUGGAGCAGAAGGGCCGGGAGCUGGAGGACGUCAUCACCGAAUACAAGGUGUCUCGUUUGUCUUUCGCUGCAAAUACACGAGCGGCCAGUGGAAAUGGGCCCGAGGUCACCGGACCUAGUGCCGUCGGCACGUUGACAAGCUGA